AUCUUGAACCUGGAUAUCUCGGAGAGGCAGAGGAUGAUCAAACUACGAGAUAAGCUCAAGCCGGAUGACCUACCUCGGACGAUAAAGCUUAUGGACCGCUUCGAGAAGCUAGGCGAGAAGAAGCGCAAUGAGUCCAUGGAGGAAUGGCUCAGCGAAUGGGAAAACGUAAUUCAUGAGCUUGAGGAUGCUGAACUGGUAUAUAUUGAGUACCGGGCUAGCCUCGAGUUCAUCAAUUGACCCGCUUCUGCCACGCUACGCGAAGAUUAGGCAUGUGAAUCUCGAGCCAGAUGGUUCAAGCAUCCCGGAAGAGAUAAAGGCCUUCCGACACCGAUGGGAACGCGCAUCGGACGAAGACAAGCAGCCCAGUUUUGCAACCUUUCAAGGACAAUCAGACCAACCAAAUUGUUCAACCCAGCGCAAGUGCAUCUGCGGUGACUACCAUCCCUUCAUUGACUGCCCAUAUAUCAUAUUGAGUAGGCGUCUAGCCAGUUGGAAGGCAGAUCCAAAAAAACAAAGGCAAAGUUUGAGAAGGUUAAGAAGACGAGAGAAAACGUGAAAGGCGACUAUCGAGAGAGCCGUUGAGGUCGAGCAAGCCAAUCAGGAGGCGAGGCCAAAUCAGACGGUCCUCUGGUCAAUGAAGGCGAGGUACCGUGCUAGACGCAGGUGUUGGAUACGAACUGGAAUGAAGGUCUGGUUCUUCUAAUCUACCUUACCAUUGUUACCUA